CGGUGCGGGACAGAGACGGCCAUGACGCUCACGCGCGCGGAGCGCUGCCUCGCGCUGCUGCUGCGGCUGCUGUCGCGCGCCUGCCUGGCCCUGCUGGGGCUCGUCAACCCCGCGCCGCCGCGCGCCAUCCCGCCACCGCGCCGCGAGCUCCUGCUGGUGCCCGCGCGGCGCCUGGCUGCGCGGCUGCGGGCGCGGGAGGUGACGUGCGUCGAGGUGGUGGAGGCGUACGUGGAGCGGAUCAAGGAGGUCAACCCCCUUAUCAACGCCGUGGUUAAGGACAGGUUCGAGGAGGCCCUGCAGGAAGCCCGGCAGGUCGAUCAGCUGCUCGCCGAGGGCCGUGACGAUGACUUCCUGGAGGAAAAGUUCCCUUUGCUGGGCGUUCCCAUCACCGUCAAGGAGGCUUUUGCACUGCACGGGAUGCCCAACACCUCUGGCUUGGUCAACCGCCGCAACGUGAUUGCCACCUCGGAUGCCACAGUGGUGUCCCGCCUGAAGCAGGCCGGUGCUAUCCCACUGGGUGUCACCAACUGCAGCGAGCUGUGCAUGUGGUAUGAGUCCAGCAACAAGGUCUAUGGCCGGACCAACAACCCCUACGACCUGCAGAGGAUUGUGGGCGGCAGCUCAGGGGGGGAGGGCGGUAGUCUGGCAGCUGCCUGCUCGGUCAUAGGUGUGGGCUCUGACAUCGGCGGCAGCAUCCGGAUGCCUGCCUUCUUCAACGGAAUCUUCGGCCACAAACCCACGACAGGGGUGGUGCCCAACGACGGCCAGUUCCCAGAUGCUCAAGGGGUGCAGACCAGCUUCCUGUGCACGGGGCCCAUGUGCCGCUACGCGGAGGACCUGGAGCUGAUGCUGAGGGUCAUGGCUGGUCCUGGGACCAACAAGCUGAAGCUGAAUGAAAAGGUGUCACUGGAGAAAAUUAAAUUCCACUGCAUGGAGCACGACGGUGGGUCUGUUUUCGUGUCACCUGUGGACAAGGAGAUCUUGCAGGCCCAAAGGAAGGUGGUGGAGCACCUGGAAAGUGAGCUGGGGGUCCAAGUUCGUCGUGUGGCCAUCCACAAGAUGAAGUAUUCUUUCCAGAUCUGGUCAGCCAUGAUGUCAUCCAAGGACAGCAAUGGGCAGGAGGCACAGCUCUUCUCAGACCUGCUGGGGGAUCACGGGAAGCCGGUGUGGCCGCUCUGGGAGCUGAUCAAGUGGCUCGUGGGGAUGUCUUCCCACACUCUCCCAGCCAUCGCCCUGGGACUGACUGAGAAGCUUAUGAAGCUCAACCCUAGUGGGAAUGCCAAGCUGGUGAGCAUGGGGAAGAGCCUGCAGGAGGAGAUGGAGGCCCUGCUGGGGCCAGAUGGGGUACUCCUCUACCCCUCCCACCCCAUCACAGCUCCCAGGCACCACUCCCCCAUAUGCAUGCCCUUCAACUUUGCCUACACAGCUAUCUUCAACGUGCUGGGCCUGCCUGUGACGCAGUGCCCGCUGGGGCUGAGCAGCGAGGGGCUGCCACUGGGCAUCCAGCUUGUGGCAGCCUCCUACAACGACCACCUGACUCUGGCAGUAGCUCGCUAUCUGGAGAAGGCCUUUGGAGGUUGGGUUUUACCUGGGAAAGUUUAGCCUGGACUCCUGGCAUGGCAGGGAGGCAGGGACAGAGACGACGGUGCCCAGCAAGACAGCGGAGGGCACUGAUGACUGAAUGCCGUCAUGGCACUGUCUGCUCCCUCUGUGCCCUCCUGGGUGCCUUCAGCCUUGGGGAAGCCAGGCUGGUGCUGCUACAGUCAUCUCCUCCCCACAGCACCCUCUGCCAUGGGAGACCUGCUGUCCCCCUGGCUCCUUUGCAGCCCUGGUCCUGGGUGGCCUGGGCUGGCAGCAGGCUCCCUGCAUCCUGCUUGGGGCGGGCACCAGUCUCCUGGGCAUGGAGAUGGCAGUCUCUAAUGCUUGCUGCUUUGAAGACACUGAGUGAAGGCUGAGGAGAGGAGGUGCUCCCAGGCUGCUCAGCAAUAACUGUUUAGCACCACCAGGUGCAUCCAUGUGCUGAGGCAGCUAAGGCACUUCCUGCCUGUGCUGUCUUCCCUUCUUGUCCCAGGGGUCACAGCCUGAUUGGUGUCCCCUGUCCCUGGCCUCUGCCCCAGGAACAGGAAGGGCCUGGGGUGGGAAGCAGGCAUGAGGUGUUCUUGGCGAGGGUGGUAUUAAAGAGUCU